CUUCCAAUUCAUACAUACAUACCACCACCGAGAUACUGUGCCUGAAGGGAACAACGGCAACCAUCGAGGUGUUCUGAUUGGAAUCGAUCCGAACUCGCGUCAAGGAAACGUAGCGAACGGGAGAAUUUUGCGGUACUCGUGACAUGUUUGUGGCAAAGGUACAAGAAAGCGUCCAAAUCAACCAUUGAGAAAGGUAAUUCGCCAGUUUGUGACGGACGGGGCAGUCGCAUUGAAGACUGUCUUCAAUCGGAACUGUUCGGAAGUGCUCGGGCCGUCAUCAUCUGUGCGGGAGAAUUAGUGUCACUUUUGUUGCUGAAAGGGACAUUUGGUUUGGUGCGGUGCUAGACAGAACCGUGUGCUCACAUGAUAGAAUUCCUUUGGCGGAUUGGCCCGUAGCGGCAUUCUAUCACUCCUUCAUGAUCUGAUUUGUAGGAAGCAGCGAAUCGUUAGAGUUUAUGCAGAUGCUGAACGCCGCCAUUGACGAGGCCGUAGAAAGAGUCACAUCACAGUCAGAUGUAGACGGAACGUCUGAAGGUGGCGACGAGGAGCUGGAAAUGCGAAGAUUUGCUGCCGACUUGGUUGAAUCCGUUGUCAGCAAAGUAAAAAACGAGAUCUACCCGGCGUACCUCCGUCUGUUGGAGUCGGGGGAACAAGCCUCCCCUUCUAUGAUGGACUCUAAUGAUGACUUGUAUGAUGACUACCUAUAUGACCAGAACGAGCUGGAGCGACCAGACACGGGCACGGAUGAAGAACUGUCCUUCAUCGCGCAGCAUUCCGACGAGAGCUGCAUCGGAGAUUCAAGGCGCAGAUCAGUACGGUUCAGCUUCGACGAGUCAAUCAUCCCAGCUCCCAUGGACAGUCUUGACGUCAUGGGCACCGGGUCAAGUCUUAAACCAGUGUCUGAGCACAUGCUCACGCCGGUCCCAUCUCCUUUGCCUUGCGAUCCGCUUACAUCAGAGUUUGAUUUUGACAUAAAGGAACCAGCUAUGCCCACGAAGCAGGAGAGUGGGUUUGUCGAAUCUCUCUUGCUCCGUCUCCUGGAUGACCUCAACAACAGCCGCAUCAAACGAGACGAUCUUCUGAAGCUUACAGGAUAUUGCAUGGAGGUCUUGAGAAUUAAAUAUGUUUCAGGAAAGAGAGCAGAUGAUCUUGCGUCAUCUCCCUCCGAUCAUGUUGCUGACGACCUCGUGAGGUUCACCCUCAGUAAGAUCUUAGAUGACAUCCGAUCGGGAUCAGUGAGUCAGGAGGAUCUAACAACUAUCACCCAAUCUAUUGUGAGAGAAGCUCAAAAUGAUGCAGAGGCUGAUGAAGACAUCAGCGAGCAAGCUUUAGACAGACUGAUAUCCAGAACCUUGUCCAGUGCAGCGGAAGAGGCAUUUGAUGAGGAUGAUCAUAUCAGUGACUCAGCCCUUGAGGACUUUGUUACAACAACGCUGAGUAGGGUGAAAAAUGACCUCGAUUCAAAAAGCCUGCCCCAGGAUGGAGUGAGAGAAAUCGGGUCAGCUGUGGUCAGUGCCAUUCGUGGUGGGGAUUGUAGGUUGGAAGGUGAUCUGAGGAAGACUCUCAACAGUGUCCUUGACGAGAUGGAAGCUAACACUAUGGUGGGUGCUGUUAUGGAUAAGGUUGUCACGGCUAUUGUGUCCUCGUACCAUACUUAUACAUCCAAGGAGAAGCCACAUACAGAAAUGAUUGAGUUUGUCUCAGAUAUCCUAACUCAGAUUUUUGUGAGCAUCAAAGCAGGGGAGUUCUCAGAAAAUGAACUCAUGCAGAUUAUCAGCACACGACAUGACAGCAAGCGGUCAAGGAAGGAUUAUGUACAAGGAAUGAUUGACUCUGUUUUGUACCAAAUCGACAGUGGCACUAUAACUGAGGAAGAGAUACAGAGCAUUGGGAAUGCAUUGGUCAAUACUGGCCGCAAGCUUCUCACUGACAAAGGCAUCCAGUUCUCAUCAGCUGAAGGCGUUGAUCCCAUGGAAAUGACAAGUACUGAAGUUGCAGAACAGGUGGUGAAAGAAGUCAUGGACAAUAUUCAGGAGCAUAUGGAUGAUGAAGAAUUUGAAAAAGAAGCCCUCAAAGCACUCGCAGCCUCCUUCCUGAAAGUAGGAUCAUCCACUUUGGAAGGCAUAUCAAAUGUUCCAACUAUUGGCAGUAGCCCAGGUGAAAGCUAUCUGUCCACAAUGAAACGACCCUCUCCAACCGAGUCCUCACUAGCAACUGAUGUGGUCUUGGCAGCAAUGGACAGGAUCACAAGAGAUCUUACUGAGAGGAAUAUACCUGUUCAUAUGCUUUCCUCAAUCGCCUGUUCCCUUGCACCUCAGGGGGAGGUAACGCCAUCAAUAUAUGUAUCUGAGGAAGGGCUGCAUGAUGCCAGUUCCUUGCCUCAACAUAUGAAAAUGACUCUUAUAGAUAUCACUCGCCUUCUCAGUGAAGAUAGGGUUGGGUAUGAUGACGCAAAGAAAAUAUUUGCAAUCAUUCUUCAGAGUUACCUCAUUGGCGAUCCUCAGAAGUGUUCGAGUCGUAUACAGAUCGAUGAGAGUGAUUCCUUCAUGAUUGAGAACCUGAUAAGUCUGACUUUGAACAAGGUGAUGAGAUGUGUAACGGAGGAUGUGAGCUUACAGAGCUUGCCUCUCUCGACCGACACAGAAAGUUUGGGUGUCACGAGGCUGAGCAGUGUGAUGUCUGGCAAUGAUUUGGAAAAGUUCAUAUGGGACACUCUUCACAGAAUAGGCCAGGAGGCUUCAGUAGAGUCAGUGCUGUCGCGACCACCAACUCCAGUACAGUUCAAAAGUUACGGUUCAGUGGACUCUCAGAACAUAGAGUCUCUGGUCAGACAAACAUUAGUGCAGGUCGCCCAGGAUAUAGCUGAAGGCAUUACCAGUGACACUUCGCUGGUCGACACAAGACGUGGAGUAGAGGCUGCUAUUUCAUCUUCGUCACAACUAUCAUCCAAGAUUGUAGGCUUUGUCACCUCAGUUCUGCAAGAGUUGAUUGUGGGCUUAGAGCGUGGAACGGUAUCCAGAGACUGUGUGGCUGAGUUUAUGACAGAGAUAUGCCCAGGUAAAGACUUUAUUAAUAUGGAUGUGGAUCUUCUCCACAAGGACCUUCGGAGAGUGGUGAAUGAUGUGUCUCAGAGAAGGACAGCAUCGGUAUACUUUCAUGCAAUCGCUGACCGAUUUUCAGCAUUUAAGUCUCAUUUAGAUAGGACCAAAUCUGUGAUGACACCAGAACUUAAAACUGUUGGUAACAUUUUGUCCAGUGUGGAUGCAAGCCUUCUGAUCCAGUUUGUUCAGGCUACUCUGUUAACGGUGUUAGGUGGAAUGCACACUCCUAGGCAAUCCUCUCUGCAACAUCUGAAACCAGAAAGUGUCACCUCACUCCUUAAACACGAAUCCUCCAUUAUUGCCAGGAACGUUGUCAAUGAUGUUAUAAAACAAAUACAGAGUGAUAUUUCCAGAGGGGUUCUCACGAUAGAUGAAAAUACAAGGAAACGAUCUUCAACAUUGGCAGACAUACUUGUUGACGAUUUGUUAAAUGGGAUUCAAAGCGAGUUGGAUGAAGGGUAUUUGACACUGGACGAUUCUACAAAACUUCAACUUAUUUCUAGGGUCAGAGUGAAGUCCUCAGAUGACAUUACUCCAGGAAAGAGGAAAGAAUCGUCGGAGGUUCCAAAAGAGACAGAAUGUUAUGUGUUACAGAGUCUCCAAUCAGUUGUGUCAGAAAAAAGACGAUCCACGGACGAAAGGACUGUGGAUGACACCAGAAGCUCCUCAAUUCUUCUUGAAGAAUUUAUAUACAGUCAUCUGGAAGUCGCUGUGGAAUCGAUACAAAAUAUGACAUCUUCGGCAGAGGGAUCCAAGAAGACAUCAACUGAAAGUGCCAACUGCAUGUCUGACUCCAGUGUUCGGGGGGCAUCUUCACUGGUACUUGAAACUCUGAACAAGACGAUUGCCGAGAUGAUCGUUGAAAAUGCAAUAGCUGGGAUAAAAGAUGAAGUGGCAGACGAGGCGAAACAAAUCGCAAGUUCUAAAAAGUCUUCAAAAGCUUCAUCUGAGGAUAUUCCUUUAGAUAAAGUCUCAUCUUCUGAGGUUGCCAAGUUUGUUCUUGUAACAUUGAAUCAAGCGUUGGCCAAUGACUCAUACUCUCAGUCUGAUAUCAAUGUCCGAGACAGCAAAACAGGUUUUCAACCAGAAAUAUCUCAAGUCUCUGAUCCUCUUCAGGCAGAUCAGGCAGCUCAGGCAGCUCCUCCAGAAGACACAGAAGCUAAACAGGACACCUUGACAUGCGUGAACGAUCUUGUUGCUGAAGUGAUCAGCCAGACCAUUACAAACAUCAAACAGGGAAAACUGAGCCACAUGGAGUUGUCCUCACUGGCUGGAACGUUAACUGGCACCAGCGACCAAGUGGAUGGCCUGCAAAACACCCUUGUGAAUGCAUUAGAAGGAGUGAAGACCAAUAUCGUACACGGAGUUGUCAGUUCGAACAAUAUGGAAAAUGUCGCCCAGCAGAUUGCUACUUUACCUUUGGAAAGGGAUGACGGAUCUGGCCAGAAAGGUGCUGGCAAAGUGGAGGCGGAUACUGAUUCUAGCAUUCACAGUAUGGUGAAGGAUGUGGUCUCGCAGAUUGUUGUAUCCCUCAGCGAAGCUGAACACAUCGCGGCUCCCGAUGGCGAAGAUACCAAUGGCAAUCAGCAUGUGUCACCUCCGUCACUUACGGAAGGUAUGGCUGACGAGAUCCAAAAUCUUGCCAAUUUGACGCUCGUGGAGGCUCCCACUGGGUUGGUGCCAAAGGUUGUAAAUGCCCGUAAUUCAUUCCGUAGCCUAGUCCAACCAGAAUCAUCAGAUAAGAUGUCCAUAUCUAAAACCUCCAUGGAGUCCUCUGGAAACUCGGACGAAAGUCAAAUUUCUGUGGAUCGGGAAAUUAUUAUUGAAGGUAAAGACAGGCUCCCAAAGAAGUCAUCAGGGAGAGUGACAAAUGAGGUAAGGAAGAGGACGAACAAACAACAAUCCAAAACAAGCGUAUCAAGUGUAUCAUCGGGCGAUUCACACCAAGAACAAAUUGUGAAACGAAGUCAGUCAAAGGAUGCAUCAGCUUCGAAAUCGAGCUCCGCCGAAUUGAAUAAGAGUAGAUCAAAGAAAGUAAUAAAAUCAAGUGACACUUCCCUUACAAAAAAGUCAACACUUCAGUCUGUUAAGUCACGUGACAGUUCUAAAAGGGCCAUAGAUAAAAGCGCAAAGGCCACAGCCUCGGUGCCAGCAAUCACAAUAAACACCUGCAGCUCUACCGCUAACUAUUCCUCAUCCUCAUGCACCACCUCAAGCUCAGAAUCACAGGGGGAGCCGAAGACACAGAAGGUCACGGGGAAGCAAGGGGGUGCCAAGGACGUUCCAAAUGUCAAGGUCUCAGAAGCUCCAGACCCUGACAGUAAUGGAAGUGAUGUGUCCCAGAGCAGCAGUCAGGCAGAUGCAAUGAAGGUUCGAUCUGUUUGUGGGUCUCACACAACGCAAGUCAGAGUCAGGGAAUCCCAAGUUGACGCCAGUCAAGAAUAGAAGUCACGUGACCUUUGAAUGAGAAAACGAGAAAUCCCACAAUUAAGGAAAUAUACGUGCAUCAUAGCUUUUAGAGUAAUAUAACACCACUUAGGGAAAUCACACAUGACUUUGUUUAUGUAAUAUAUUAUAUUUAUUGAAAUAAAUUAUGUUGUUGUUUA